AUAGAUGUGUCAAUGUCAUAAGCUAACCUAAACAAUUUUUGAAUUGACCAAAACAUGCUUUUUUUUCUGCUAAACUUGUUGAUGUUGAGUUAAAUCAAAGUAAAGUUUAGGUUUUAUAGUUACCAAAAUGUUAGAAGCAGAAGUAAACAACGAACGGACGAUACUGGAUUACCUGAAUGAGGACUGCUGGCGCGCCGUGCUGCAGUACGUGCCGGUGCAGGACCUCAUACGGACAGAGCGCGCCAGCCGCCGGUGGCAGGGUAUGGUGCUGACGUACUUGGAAGGAGUCCGAAUUAUCAUUGAGAGAGAAGACUUGAACAAGGAAAAAAUCCUACUUAAAUACAACAUCUGCAGUCUAAAGACAUCGAGAUAUAAGUCGUUUAUAAAUUGGACCAACAAACUCGGCCCAUCAGUUGUGUCCACUUACUGCCACAAAUUGGAGAAUCUAGCAAUAAUCAAUGAAAAUUGCCCCAACUUAGAAGGCCUUCAGUUAUCCCGUAUUGUAAGUGGACCCGAACUGCUCCGACACAAUUUAAAUGACAACUUCAAGUUCCUGCGCGAGCUCUCCUUCCAAGGAUGCUCUAUACAAGACAGCCAUGUGACUGAAUUCAUAGCAGAUAGAGCCUUAGAAAAACUAGAUAUCCGCAAUUGCGCUCAUUUACGUGGUCUUUGUUUUGAUAGUUUGAACUUGUCAAACUUAAAAUCGCUCACCCUUGAAUGUAAUACCGAGUUAUAUGCGUCCAACGACUUACUUUCCAUCAUUGACCGAAGAUCAGAUGGAGAAAUGCAGACUGUGUUAUAUAAAAUGCCCAAAUUGGAAUGCCUAGAGCUGCAUGGUGGGUAUGUGCAUGGGAAUGUACUGUCUGAGCAGUUAAGUCGGCUGUCCCGGUUGAAGCAACUGAGUGUGACGUGUCAACUGGAGUAUCGGCAUGUGGAAGUCAUAACACGCUGUUGUCAGGAACUUCGCAGCUUGGAGCUGUUAGACUGUCAAUACCUGAUGGGAGUCGACGUGAUCUGGCGGCACGCCGGCUCCCGUCUCACGACGCUGAAGCUGGACCAGUUCUACAUCGCGCGCGACGACGACGUCGUAGAGCUCGUCAAAGGCUGCCCCCAGCUUCAGUCGCUGACCAUUGGCGGUGCGGAGAGGCUGACUAGUGCGCUGCCGGCGCGCGCGGCGGCGGCGCGGCGCGAGGUCGCCCCCGGGGGCCCCGGGCGCCCCGGGGGGGGCCCCGGGCGCCCCGGCCGGCCGCUGCGGCUCGACCUCAGCUAUACUAACCUCUCGGACGAGUAUUAUCUACGACUACAGGACCGAGGAGGGCUUGAGGAAUACGAAGAAAUGAAAACAAAAUAUGAAGAGUUGAUAGUAAUUCUCGAGAAUACGAUGGGCGAGUAUGACGACGAAGAUCAGUCUGACGAAGAAUUCCAGGAUGACUUCGAUUAUUAUGACUAUUCGUAUGAUGAUUAUGACGAGGUCGAGGAGGAGGAAAGUGAUCAGGAGGAGGAAUAGGAUUGAUAAUAAAGUCUGAUAAAUAAUAAUGUUUUGUAAAAUGUGACUAUGUCAUUUAAUUUUUUUAUAUACUAGGGUGACUGCUAAAGUUAUCGGUCACUCCAUAGUAAUUGGCUACUCUUAACAGUAAGACUUCUAUUGUUUUUUUUUGUUAAGUGGCCAAUAAUAUAGCACUCACCCUAUGUCAUUCCAUUGUUUUUUCGUUGUGAAACUCAUAGCUAUUGUUAAGUCUAUCGUGCCAUGACAUUAAACUGUUAUGAUUUAUACAA